UAACUACGACAGCCACAUCCGGAAGAAGCACUUAGCACGGUCGCUCAUCGAACCGUAACACCAGCAGUCUCGUCGGGCUUCAGUGGCAGAAAUCCUCAUCUUCAGACUAAAGUGUGGGGUCUUUUCACCUUCCUUGGCCUCAGAACACCAGGACACGUGUCUGCUGCUAACGCAGGGAGAUGAAGAUGAGGAAGAGACCGAACAUUCUGCUCACAGGGACCCCCGGGGUGGGAAAGACCACGUUAGGGAAGGAGCUGGCCCAGAGGACAGGUCUGACCUACGUCAACAUCGGAGACCUGGCUCAAGAAGGACAGCUGUAUGACGGUUACGAUGAAGAGUACCAGUGUCCCAUCCUGGAUGAAGACCGGGUGGUGGAUGAGCUGGAUGAACAGAUGGAGGAAGGAGGAGUGAUCAUCGAUUAUCACGGCUGUGAUCUGUUCCCUGAACGCUGGUUUCACAUCGUCUUCGUCCUCCGCACUGACAACACGCAACUGUACACACGCCUGGAGGGCAGGGGCUACACAGGGAAGAAGCUGCAGGACAACGUUCAGUGUGAGAUCUUCCAGACCAUCUAUGAGGAGGCCAUGGAGGCGUACAGUCACGACAUCGUCCACCAGCUACCCAGCAACAGCCCCGAAGACCUGGAGCAGAACCUGGAUCAGAUAGUCCAGUGGACCGAGCAGUGGAUGAAGGAGCACAACUAACAUUCACCUCCACGGCUCCAAACCAGCGCUCUGUGGACUAUUUAAGAUAAAACACUGCUAUUUUUCUUAGACUGACUCAUCAUGCAGACUUAUAUGUUUAAAUCUGUUUGUUCUGGAAGUUUCUCAGUGACAGAAUCAGGAAUGUGUUUUAACAGUCUGAGCUCAGACUGGUACAGAGGAGGUCUGUUCAUGUGGACUGGUUCUAUAGUAGCUACAUGUACUAGCACUCAUUAAAGACCGCCCCAUCAGCUGACCCGG